GUGACAGUCAGUCUUUUGCAAGCAAUAUCAAGUAUCAUCAAGCAAGGACAAGAUAUACACAGCUUUGUCUACACACACUCGAACUCCUGGGGGUCUAUUUUGCUCGAUUUUAUAUAUGUCUGAAGUGUCUAGCUGCUGAAAUUCAAGUAACUAGGGACAAUGUCUACCUCACCAUACCACAUUUCCUCCCUGCUGGAUAAGAUGGGAUCCGUGGACAAGGACUUCCGCUUCAUGGCCACCAAUGACCUGAUGACUGAGUUGCAGAAGGGCUCCAUCAAACUGGACGAUGACAGUGAGAAAAAAGUGGUGCAAAGUGUGCUCAAACUGGUCGAAGAUAAGAACGGAGAGGUCCAGAACCUUGCAGUCAAAUGCCUUGGGCCGCUGGUCAAGAAGAUCAAGGACAGUCAGAUCGAGGUCAUCAUCAACUCUCUCUGUUCCAACAUGUUCUCGGACUCGGAACGACUCCGGGACAUUUCCAGCGUGGGUCUCAAGACUGUUAUCGGGGAGUUGGCUCGCACCACACAGACGGUAGCUACCAAUGCCAGCCGGAACAUCACUGGGAAGAUGGUGGAUGCUAUCAAGAAGCCUGAUCUGAACCAGUAUGUGCUGCUUGAGACCUUGGACAUACUGGGAGACCUCGUUCAUCGAUACGGAGCUCCAUUGUCUCCGUUCCAUGAGCCGUUGAUGCAAGCCCUCCUCCCCCUACUCAAGGAUCCACGACCUCUCUCUGUUCGCAAGAGAGCAUACGUUGCCCUCUGCUAUCUGUCUGCCUCCUGCAAGUGGUCACUGUUUGACCAGAUCAUGACCCACCUCCUCUCAUCACUGGGCUCUCAGAGGACCUCACCCACCUCCAUGGCUGACACCAGGACUUACAUCCAGGCCAUCGCAGCAAUCAGUCGCCAGGCUGGUCAGAGGAUUGGUAGUUACCUGGAGUCCAUUGUUCCCCUCAUCUCCCACUUUAUCAAUCUGGACCAAGACGACAAUGACCUCAAAGGAUCGGAUUUUGAUGAGCUUAAGGAGUCGUGUCUUCAGGCUUUUGAGGCUCUUGUCGUGCGCUGCUUCAGAGAGAUCACUCCUCACAUCAGAGAGAUUGUGAAGAUUUGUCUGCGUAUGCUGUCACAUGAUCCCAACUACGACUAUGGUACUGAUGAAGAAGACAAUGACGAUGAUAUGGACACUGAUGAUUUCGGAGAGGACGAGGAGGAUGAUGAGUACAGUGAUGACGAUGAUGUGAGUUGGAAAGUGCGUCGGGCGUCGGCCAAGUGUUUGGCAGCCAUCCUCUCCUCUCGACGUGAGAUGAUCUCUGAGUUCUAUUCCAUCGUCUCUCCAGCCCUCAUUGCUAGGUUCAAAGAACGUGAAGAGAAUGUAAAGGCUGACAUUUUCACUGCCUAUCGAGCCCUGCUCAGUAUCACCAAGCCCAGCAGUGCCUCACAAACAGCCGGUGAUGAUGAGGAGGUCAUGGAGGUCUCAGACACUCCCGUCUCCUUUCUACACGCUCAGAUAACGGCCAUUGUCAAGUCCCUCCAUCGUCAGCUCAAAGACAAGAGUGUCAAGACACGGCAGGGUUGCUUCAGCCUCCUCACAGCCCUAGUCACUGUGUUGCCCGGGGCUCUGGAUGAACACGUGGGAGCCAUUGUUCCAGGGAUACUCUUCUGUCUCAAUGACCAAACCUCUACAUCCAAUAUGAAGAUAGACACACUCAACUUCCUCACUGUUCUGCUGACUCAGCACUCCCCAGCAGUCCUCCACCCCCACAUUGGCAUCAUUAUCCCUGCCGUAGUGACAGCUGUCGAAGACAACUUCUACAAGAUCACCUCGGAAGCAUUACUCGUUCUCAAUCUCAUCGUGAAAACCAUCAGACCCCUGAACACAGAGUCCUCAUUUGAGUUCCACCCGUUUGUCAUAUCCAUCUACACGGCUGCUCUGAAGCGACUGAAAGCUGCUGACAUUGACCAGGAGGUGAAGGAGAGGGCCAUUACGUGUAUGGGUCAGGUAGUGGCCUCCAUGGGAGACACACUCCUACCAAAACUGUCCGAGUGUAUGCCCAUCUUUGUGGAUCGACUACGUAAUGAGAUCACCAGGCUGACUGCAGUUAGGGCUGUCACACAGAUUGCCAAGUCACCCCUACAAAUCGACAUUACAUUUAUAUUGGAAGAUUCCAUUCCAUUGUUGGCCAGUUUCCUGCGUAAGAACCAUCGUGAUCUGAGGCUGGCCACUCUCAACUGUUUGGAUGCCCUUUUCCAGAGAUAUACCGUGGCAAUGACCACACCCAUCAUUACCACCGUGCUGGACGAGCUGCCUGGUCUCAUCAGCGACAGUGACCUACACAUCUCCCAGCUAGUGCUCACGCUCCUUUGUACAGUGAUGACCGUUAGCCCUGCAGCUAUAGUGGGUGCACGGUCCCACAUUCUCCCACGAACUCUGGACUUAGUCGUCUCGUCUCUCCUGCAAGGGAGUGCUCUCAUGGCCUGUCUACAGUUCUUCUCGCGACUGGUCAGGUUGGAGGUGCCUGGGAUGGAGUUUGGAGCCAUAUUUGAGAUGCUGACUAGCUUCGUAUACAAGCCCACAACUACUACAAUUCACAAGCAGGCCUUCAGGAGCAUAUCCAAGUGCAUAGCAGCAAUAUGUGAGGCAGUUCCAAGCAACACCUACCCCACAGUGGACACAUUCAUCACUAACAUUAAGAAUGAAGGGCAGUCAGACUCUGUGCGUCUUCUCUGUCUAUUGUCCAUCGGGGAGAUUGGAAGGAAGAAUGACCUGAGCUGUGUGCAGGACCUCCAAGUGGUCAUUCUCAACACAUUCUCCUCUCAGUCUGAAGAAGUCAGAUCAGCUGCCUCCUAUGCCCUAGGCAGUGUGAGUGCGGGCAACCUGGAGCAGUACCUUCCCUUCAUCCUCUCUGAGAUACAGGGCAACCCAAAGAGACAAUACCUUCUCCUCCACUCACUCAAAGAGGUCAUCUCCUGUCACUACGGUACACCAGAGGCAGUGGCCACACUCAGACCACAGGUUGCAAGAAUCUGGGAAGUGUUGUUCAAGCACUUCGAGAGUCCUGAGGAGGGCACUAGGAAUGUGGUGGCAGAGUGUGUGGGGAAACUGACCCUUGUUGAUCCUGAGAUCCUCCUGCCUAAUCUCCGUGAGAACCUUGAGUCCCAGUCUGGGUUUGUGAGGAGUACUGUGGUCACUGCCCUCAAGUACACAAUCUCUGACCAGCCUCAACCGAUAGACACGCUGCUGCACGGCUGCAUUGGGGAGUUUCUGACCACCAUAGGAGACCCAGACCUUAAUGUUCGUCGUGUGGCACUGGUAGCAUUCAACUCUGCUGCUCACAACAAGCCCUCUCUAAUUAGAGACCUUCUGGACACCCUCCUGCCCAACCUCUACACAGAGACCAAGAUUAGGAAAGAGCUGAUUCGUGAGGUUGAGAUGGGUCCCUUCAAGCACACCGUGGAUGAUGGGCUGGAUCUGAGGAAGGCUGCAUUUGAGUGUAUGUACACAUUGUUAGAGACCUGUCUUGACAGGCUGGACAUAUUCGAGUUCUUGAACCAUGUCGAAGAUGGCCUUAAGGAUCACUACGACAUUAAGAUGCUGACCUUCUUGCUAAUUGUACGACUCUCUCAUUUGAGACCAAGUGCCCUCUUACAGCGCAUUGAUAAGCUGAUUGAGCCUCUUAGGACCACGAUCCAGUCCAAGGCAAAGGCCAACUCUGUGAAGCAGGAGUUUGAGAAACAGGAUGAACUGAAACGGUCUGCCAUGAGAGCCAUUGCUGCUCUGCUCACAACACCUGAUCAUGAUAAGUGCCCUCAACUGAUAGACUUUGUGACUCAAAUCAAGUCCAGUGCUGACACUGCUCAGCUCUUUGAGUCUAUUCAAGCCGAUGCCAAUGUCUCUGUUGCCACGACUAGCACUGAUAAAAUGGACCUUAGUUAAAUUACCUAGUGAAAACUUUCAAUUUUAGAAGAUGUGUUGUGUUCUUACUGUUUGGAAUUUCAUGUACAUGUAUAAUUAUAUUCAUGCACUUCGGAUAUUA